GAAUCUGCUUCGCCCGCGAACAGAGACAUUUGAUUUCGCAUAAACCAAAACCGCUCCUCCAACCACCUACCAUUCUUUGCAAGAUCAAAGAACCCUUCAGACCUACAAAACACGCAUCUUCAUAUACAGACAUCCAACAAAUCAAAAAUGUGCUCAUCCGAUAUCUUCCUCGGCUUAAUCGCCAUCCUAUUCCCCCCUCUCGCAGUCUGGGUCAAACGCGGCCUCUGCUCCGCCGACUCCCUGAUCAACAUUCUCCUCUGCAUGCUCGGCUUCCUCCCCGGUCUCCUCCACGCCUGGUACAUCAUCGCCAAAUUCCCCGACCAAGACGCGCAGUACGACGCCAUCCCCGACUCCGAGAACGCUCGUGUAACAUAUGUCGUGGUACAGGGCCCCAACGGACGAGCGCAGAGCGUGCCCAAGGAUUCGAGAGGUCCGCAAAGACAACACCAAGGAUAUGGCACGAAUGCUCCGAUGGAAGCCCCCACGGUGCAGCAACAGCAGAAUGGGACGUGGACGAAUGCGGGAGAGGGUCAGGGUCAAGGUGGAGAGGGGAGCAGUGGAGGGGCUGUGCCACCCACGUAUGCGGAGGCUGUUAGGGGGGAUCAUAAGGUGCAGUCGAGGGAUUAGAGAAAGGUAGAUGAGAGGCGAAAUGAGGAAUGGGAUAUGGUGAUACGAACUAAGAAUGAAGGAUGAAUGAGGGAUAUCCAGGUUGGUUUGAGUAUGCGCAGACCAAUGCGAAACGGCGUAAUUUGGGUAAUGCGGGCAGGAUGUUUUCAGUUUGUUCGCAGGAGUUUUCUUACUAUUGUAUUUGCUUUCACAUGGCACAACACCCAGCACA